AUGUCAAUACAGGAUGCCCAGUAGAUCUGGCGUUUGUUAUCGACUCUUCAGAUACUAUUGGGGUGGGUGCUCUGGAAGACGCAAAGAUGCUUGUAAAGGAAAUGGUAAAAGGUCUAGAACUAGGAGCAGAUGAGUCUCGGGUAGCUCUGGUUGUGUUCGCUGAUAAAGUUGAGGUUAAGGCUCGAUUCAGUAAAAACUUAAGCGUCAAACAAUUUCAGGAUAUGGUACAAAACAUGAAAAGCAUCGGCAGCCGAACACGAAUCGACAAGGCCCUGGUAGAAACAAAACAAGUGUUUAAAGAGGGAAGAGAUGACGUGUAUAAGAUUGCAGUGGUGCUGACUGAUGGUAAACAAUCCAAAGACCGCGACACUAAAAGCUUGCUAAGUACCUCUGAGCCCUUGCGAAGAGCAGGUGUCCGUGUGAUAGCCGUGGCAAUAGGAACUCAGGCGUCUAAAGGCAGACUAAGGCUGAUGACCGAUUCAAUGGAUGAUGUAAAGGAGGAAGAUGAAGCCCUGGAAUAUUUCCAGCAGCUAUCUGACAAACUAAACCAGAAUCUCUGUGGUAACUAUUGCUAACCCAAUUGUUAGGAA